CCCGGGGUGCCGGUGCUCGCCAUGGGCUCGGCUCCGCCCGCCUUCAUCGGCGCCGAGGAGGUGGAGAAGCACCUGCCCCGCUCCAGCCUCCUGCUGCCGGCGCUGGAGGCCGCCCUGGGCAACUUCUCGUCGGGCCCCGCGGGAGGCGUCUCCGUGGGUAACGCAGGGAAUUCUCUGCUAAGGUACCUGGGGGUCAUGCCCGCGUACAGCGCUGCGGAUGAUGCUCUGACGACCAAGCUGGUGACUUUUUACGAGCACCUGAAGGAUUCCCCUGCCCCUUCUCACCAAGCGACUGUCCUCUUGUUUGACCCUCGCAAUGGUACUCUGAGAGCUGUCCUGGAUGGCAGUGUCAUCACAGCCAAACGAACAGCUGCAGUUUCUGCCAUUGCUACCAAGUUGUUAAUGCCACCUUCUGCAGAGGUGCUGUGCAUUUUGGGAGCUGGUGUUCAAGCAUACAGCCAUUAUGAAAUCCUGACAGAACUGUUCACAUUUAAAGAGGUGAGGAUAUGGAAUCGCACCAAGGAGAAAGCAGAGAAGUUUGCCAGCUCUGUCCAUGGUGCCGUGCGGGUUUGCUCCUCUGCCCAGGAGGCCGUUGUGGGGGCUGAUGUGAUUGUAACAGUGACCAUGGCCACAGAGCCCAUCCUGUGUGGGGACUGGGUAAAGCCAGGUGCCCACAUCAAUGCUGUUGGAGCAUGCAGGCCAAACUGGAGAGAACUGGAUGACAAACUGAUGAAGAAUUGCUUUCUGUUUGUGGAUUCCAGGAAGGCUGCUUCUGAAGAAUCAGGAGAUGUUAUAUUAUCAGGGGCAGAGAUUUUUGCUGAGCUGGGAGAGGUAUUGAAGGGUACAAAACCAGCCCUGCCUGAGAAAACAACAGUGUUUAAGUCCCUGGGGAUGGCUGUUGAAGAUGCAGUAGCAGCAAAAUUUGUUUAUGAUGCGUGGUCAGCUGCCAACUAAAGGGGAGUCUGCAAUGCCAAUGAGGGCAAGAGAAUGGUUUGCACUGAGUUUCCUUGGAUCCUUUGUUAACAAGAAAGGCAACAAUCUCAUCUGAAAGUGGUCCUUCUAGAAGAGUAAAGAAUAAAAAGUAAAAUUUCAGCAAUCAACUAAUUUCUAAAAUUUUGUGAUUGCAAGUCUCAAAUACCUGCAGUAUUGCUAAUAAAUGGACCUCUCUUGUAA